AUAUGUUUGGCUCGUGCGUGGGGAAGUACUUUGCCCAGCACUGGCGCAAGGUGGCAUACACUACCAUGGCCGCCGCCGGCUCGGUGUGGCUCUACGACCAGCUGACGGCUACUUCGUAUGGAACUCAGGCGCUCGAGGCCAUGGCAGAGUCGACAGGCAUGCGACUCGGGCGCGAUGGGCGGGUCACGGCGGCUGGAAAGGAUGAUAGCGGCGAGGAUUGUGAGAUGCCGUGGAAGGAUCAGCUUGCGAGCGGUGCCGGGCCGAGCUCGGCAAGCGAUGCCACCGACGACGAUGAGGUUCUCGCCCGCAUGCAGAGCCACUUUAAGACGACUCAGCAGGCUGCAGAUGAGACACUGUUGCGUUGGAUUGCGCUGGUAGGCGAACAGAUUGGCGACAUUGUGCCCAUGGCCCAGACAGCGGCCGAGCUGCGCGCUGCGCGAGAGACGCCGCUGUCCAAGGAAGAGAAGGCCGCGGCCUGGCUCCGUCUUGUCCGGCUGGCGGUCAUCCAUGGAGUGUUGGGCGUGUAUGCGGUGGCGCUGCUCAAGGUGCUGUUCCGGACCCAGCUCAACAUUCUCGGGCGCAACGUGUACCUGGAUCUUGUCCAGGCAGCCACCACCGGCGCGCCGUGCGCGUCUGAUGUGCUCAAGCACAAGUACCUUGGGCGGUGCUUCUUCUUCCUCAAGGUCGGCAUCCGCCGCCUUGCUCUGCAUGUCGAAGCUGCGGUUGAUGCUGUUCUUGCCCCGGUCUCGCUCACCCAGCCGCAGUCUGUCGACUCGAUCGCCGGCCUCAUCGCCGCCGUCCGCCGCGACAUUGAGCUUCCUGCCGCCGCUGCCGGCGCACCAUCGCCGCUGGCGCAGUACCUGGUGCCGACCCCCGACGAGGCCGCCGCCGACGCCGCCAAGCUGGCCGCCUUGGCUCCGCCGGCAGCGAGUCCAGCCACGCCCGACGAGGACCCGAGCCAUCCGCUCUUUGCCGCCAAGCUCGACCUGCUCGUCUCGGAACUCCACGAGCACAUCAGCUCGCCGGACAUGGUCCCGGUCUUCCGCGACUGCCUUGACGUCGCCUUUGCGCGCCACUCGGCGCUCCUGGCAUCAAACGUGGCGCUGCGGCCCGAGCCGGGCUCUUCCGCUGCGCCGACUACCGCCUCGGCGGCCAAGCUGCCGUUUGCCCGGUUCAUCGGCCCGCUGGUCGGCGUCGCCUCCAAGGUGGUCGAGACCGAGGCCAACGGCGCCGCCACCGCCAUCAACACCGACCUCUCUGGCGUUGCCUCGCUUGAGCGGCUCUGCGCUCUCAUCUACUCGGACUUUGACAGGCGCGCCCUCUUUGAGGUCGUCGCUCCACUUUCGCCGCAGCCUGCGCCUCCAUCCUACCGCGCUACACUGAGCAGUCCGCCGUCGCCGUCGCGCCCGCGGACAAGCAGCGGGCCGACCGCCGGGCAGUAA